AGAGGGCGGGGGAAGGAAGAGGAGGCGGGAUCCGGGCGCUGCGUUGGCUGCGGCCUGGCUUGAAAGGGGCGGCCCCGGCGGAGAGCAGACCCAGUAACCCCGGCGACUAUGGACCCGGCAGAGGCGGUGCUGCAGGAGAAAGCUCUCAAGUUUAUGGCUGCAGUUCCGGCUGGUGGAUAUUGGAGGAAUAAUAAAAAGUGCUCUAUGCCCAGGUCUCUGUGGCUGGGCUGCUCCAGCCUGGCGGACAGCAUGCCUUCGCUGCGAUGCCUGUAUAACCCAGGGACUGGCGCACUCACAGCUUUCCAGAAUUCCUCAGAGAGAGAAGACUGGAAUAAUGGCGAGCCCCCUAGGAAGAUAAUACCAGAGAAGAAUUCACUUAGACAGACCUACAACAGCUGUGCCAGGCUCUGCAUAAACCAAGAGACAGUAUGUCUAACAAGCGCUGCUAUGAAGACUGAAAAUUGUGUGGCCAAAACAAAACUUGCCAAUGGCACUUCCAGUAUGAUUGUGCCCAAGCAGCGGAAACUCUCAGCAAGCUAUGAGAAGGAAAAGGAGCUGUGUGUCAAGUAUUUUGAGCAGUGGUCAGAGUCUGAUCAAGUGGAAUUUGUAGAGCACCUUAUAUCCCAAAUGUGUCAUUACCAGCAUGGGCACAUCAACUCCUAUCUAAAGCCUAUGCUGCAGAGGGAUUUCAUAACUGCUCUGCCAGCACGGGGUCUGGACCAUAUUGCUGAGAGCAUUCUGUCAUAUUUGGACGCCAAAUCACUGUGCGCUGCUGAGCUUGUAUGCAAGGAAUGGUACCGCGUGACGUCGGACGGCAUGCUGUGGAAGAAGCUCAUCGAGAGGAUGGUCAGGACAGACUCCCUGUGGCGAGGCCUGGCAGAGCGCAGAGGGUGGGGACAGUACUUAUUCAAAAACAAACCUCCUGAUGAGAAUGCUCCUCCCAACUCCUUUUACAGAGCACUUUACCCUAAAAUUAUACAAGAUAUUGAGACAAUAGAAUCCAAUUGGAGAUGUGGACGACAUAGUUUACAGAGAAUCCACUGCCGAAGUGAAACAAGCAAAGGAGUUUACUGUUUACAGUAUGAUGACCAGAAAAUAGUAAGCGGCCUUCGAGACAACACAAUCAAGAUCUGGGAUAAAAGCACAUUGGAAUGCAAGCGGAUUCUCACAGGCCACACAGGCUCGGUCCUGUGUCUCCAGUAUGAUGAGAGAGUGAUCAUAACCGGGUCGUCAGAUUCCACCGUCAGAGUGUGGGAUGUAAACGCAGGUGAGAUGCUCAACACACUGAUUCACCAUUGUGAAGCAGUUCUGCACUUACGCUUCAAUAAUGGCAUGAUGGUGACCUGCUCCAAAGAUCGUUCCAUUGCUGUAUGGGAUAUGGCUUCCCCAACUGACAUCACCCUCAGGAGGGUGCUGGUGGGACACCGAGCUGCGGUCAAUGUUGUAGACUUUGAUGACAAGUACAUCGUUUCUGCAUCUGGAGAUAGAACCAUAAAGGUGUGGAACACAAGUACUUGUGAAUUUGUAAGGACCCUAAAUGGACACAAACGUGGCAUCGCCUGUUUGCAGUACAGAGACAGGCUGGUGGUGAGUGGCUCGUCUGACAACACCAUCAGAUUGUGGGACAUAGAGUGUGGUGCUUGUUUGCGAGUGUUAGAAGGCCAUGAAGAAUUGGUACGCUGUAUUCGAUUUGAUAACAAAAGGAUAGUGAGUGGGGCCUAUGAUGGAAAAAUUAAAGUGUGGGAUCUUAUGGCUGCUUUGGACCCCCGUGCUCCUGCAGGGACUCUCUGUCUACGGACGCUUGUGGAGCAUUCUGGAAGAGUUUUCCGACUGCAGUUUGAUGAGUUCCAGAUUGUGAGCAGUUCACAUGAUGACACGAUCCUCAUCUGGGACUUCCUGAAUGAUCCAGCUGCCCACACUGAACCACCCCGCUCCCCUUCUCGGACAUACACGUACAUCUCCAGAUAAACAACCCAACACCAACCUCAUUCUUGCCCAGGACUCGUUAAUGUUGCAGUAUUUAACAUACCUGCCAAGACCAGGAUGAACAACAAUCAAACUCCUACCCGGAUUGCCCGGAUGGCUCAGCGAGGAGCAGGGCUAUGAGCUUCCUGUUGGGACAUAGUCGGUCAGCAGCCGACCAGGACAGUCUGCUCGGCACACCGGCUGCUACACUGCUGCUAUCAGAAGAUGUCUUUAUCUUGUGGGAAUGAUGGGAACUUUCAAGCCUCCCUCCCCUCCCCUCCC